CCGCCGGUGCGAGCAGGUUUCCUACGGCGGCUCUGCCUCGGCUGGGGCGAACAAGUGGCCCCUGUAAUUAGAAGGCUGCCCUCCUCCCGUUUCCCCCCCGCCACCGCCUCGCCCUACCCGGGCCCGCCUGCCUUUCCUUUGCCUCGCGUUUGGAGCUUGGCUUUGGGCGGCGGUGCUGCCGGCGGCUUUUCGGAGGCAAUCUCCUCCGGUCCCCGACGACUUCGGCUCGGCCGAGCCGGCGGCAGCGGCGGUCGAAGCGUUGGCUUCUGCGUUGUGUGUGUGUGUGUGUAUGUGUGAGCGUGGGAGAGGGAGCGCGUCGACCAUUGUGCUGCGGCUACUUGCGUGCGCGCUCGGCCGCCGCCUGGGGAACUGAGUGCUCGCGGCGCGACGCGCGGUGUCAAGUGCGCGUUCGCGUGUCUCCUGCUUCGAGACGACGACGUCGUCGACAGUCUUCGACGGCGGCAUGUGGCCGGUGUCUCUAUCGCGGCGUCUUUCGGACAACUCGGUCGGGAUGUCAAAGGGCCAGGAUGCUUCGAACAAGGCGACGGCGUCGACGACAACGGCGGCGUUGCACGUGAGGCAGCGACAACGACGCGCCUUUCACGUCCCUUGAUUUACGAGAGACAACGAAGAGUGGGGAACCCCGGAGGAAAGCGAAGCAGUCCAGGUGUGGGGUGCCGUCUCGGUGUAUCAACGGCCGCAUCCGCUGUUUCCCAGUGUUUGUGCGGUCGUAUCGGAUUACCGCGUCCAGCGGGACGUACGUUUCGUCAGUGUGCCCAGUUCACGUGCUACCGUUUCGGAGUUUGACCGUGACAGCACUGUUGCUCACUCCGUCUCUCCCUUUGUUGCAUUUUUUUUCCCGCAUCACUCGCUGUUUGCUCGGCGAUGAUCGGCAACACCCAUGUUUCGCUUUCUUCCGCUGAAACGUGCGCCGUGACCACUGCUGCCGGUUACUCUUCGUUCGCGUCACACGAACCUCACCUCUCGGAGAAGGAUUACUACUACGUCCUCUGAAAACAGUGUAUACUUCUCUGUUCUGACCGCCGUCUUCCUCGGACGCCCAGGAUUUGUUAUCUUUGUGCGUGCGCGAGUUUCGUUUCCUUCGAGUUCAGCGCGCGCUGAUCUACGGUUGUUUCGACGACAAAGUCGCGUGCGACGUCCAGACCUAGAAAAGCCAUGUCGACGACGGUCAUGGGUCGGCAGACGACAAUCGCCGGUACUACCCCGGCCAGCAAGGUUCUGGUGUGCCGCCAGUGGUGGAAAGUGUGCUGGGUGUACGGCGAUCAGUACAAGCAGUACCGGGAGUUGUACGGCCGGAAGAGGACUACCACCGUGCACGUGCAGCAGGCGAUGAAAGUAUGCCGCAACUGCAAGUGUCCCCGGGAGGACCACCAGGACGGCCCGAUGGCCGCCAACCAGGCCGAGGUGGACCGGCUGCUGCAGAAGGCGUCGUCGCCUGCGUACGCGACGUCGCCGCCCCCGCCGCACCAGCAGUCCCAACCGCACCAUCACCUCCAGCAGGCGUCUCCGGCCGCGGGGCCCAACCCGAACCCCGGGAGCACCGAGGCCGUCCAGCGUCAGUCGCAUUCGGAUGACGACAGCGGCUGCGCGCUAGAGGAGUACACCUGGGUGCCGCCGGGACUCAAGCCCGAACAGGUGCACCUGUACUUCUCUUCGCUGCCGGAGGACAAGGUGCCGUACGUGAACAGCGUGGGCGAGAAGUACCGCAUCCGGCAGCUUCUGCACCAGCUGCCGCCGCACGACUCCGAGGUGCGCUACUGCAACGGCCUCUGCGAGGAAGAACGCCGCGAACUGCGCCUCUUCUCGAGCCAGCGCAAGCGCGAGGCCCUCGGCAGGGGAUCCGUCCGGCAGCUACCCGUCAACGCGGCCAGCCUGCCGCCCAUCGUGUGCCAGAACUGCGAGGAGCCCUUGUCGGCGGGUGACAUGUGCGUGCUGGCGUCACGCGCGGGCCCCGACUGCGGCUGGCACCCGGGCUGCUUCACGUGCUGCACCUGCGGCGAGCUGCUCGUCGACCUCAUCUACUUCCACCGGGAAGGAAAGCUCUACUGCGGUCGACACCACGCUGAGAGCCUGAAGCCGCGCUGCACCGCCUGCGAUGAGAUAAUCUUCGCGGACGAGUGCACGGAGGCGGAGGGCCAGGCGUGGCACAUGCGCCACUUCUGCUGCUUCGAGUGCGACCGCCAGCUGGGCGGCCAGCGGUACAUCAUGCGCGACGGGCGGCCCUACUGCCUGCGCUGCUUCGACGCCAUGUUCGCCGAGUUCUGCGACACGUGCGGCGAGCCCGUGGGCGUCGACCAGGGCCAGAUGUCGCACGAGGGCCAGCACUGGCACGCCACCGAGGCCUGCUUCCGCUGCGCCACCUGCCGGCAGUCGCUGCUCGGCCGGCCGUUCCUGCCCCGCAAGGGGCUCAUCUACUGUUCCCUCCAGUGCAGCAAGGGCGAUUCCAAGUCGUCUUCUCAGAAGGGCACCGGCUCACCGUCUUCGAGCAAGGGCCUUGUACAAACCACCGCGCCGACCACGACCGCUUCGAACUCCCCAAGCCGACACAGCACGAUCCGGCAGAGCCCGCUGCUGUUGCGGAAGCACCCACCGCCACUCGAGCUCGACGAUCCGGUGGAGGAGUGUCCCCCGCCACCUCCUCUCCCGACCUCGGGUCCUCCUCGCGAGGAUGAAGACGACAUCUCCUACGCAGCCGACUCGACGAGCUUCCAGAGGUACUCCGACUCGGCCUCCUCCCAGGGACACUCGGACACCACGGCAACGGUUCGCUCCGACUCGCCGCAUUCCGCGACGCGUUCCGACACGCCAGAGUCUCAGGGCUCUCGCCACAGCUCCCAGCACCAUCAGCCGCAAACGCCGCCCAAGCCACGACCGUGUUCACCAGCGGGAAGCCUGAAAGGAACCAGUGGCCUGCCUACCAUACCGCCGUCGGCGGGUAUCCUGAAGAAGUCGGCAAGCUUGGCUUCCGAGUCUCCUCUAGGACGCAUGAAACACUUCCCAGCGUCGCCAUCUCUGACGCCCACGGCGGCGCGACACCCCGGCUUUUCUUCGCCAAACUCUCCCGGAAACGUGCGAAGGCUGUUGUCUCCAGCGUCGUCGUCCGCGCUUCAAAUAUCGGGCCACCACUCCCCGGGCUCACCGUACAGCCUCGGAGCUCCGGCGACGCCUCCCAAGCCGCUGCUCUCGCCCAACGUGGGCCGAAACCUCGCGGCGUCCUCUCCGCGCGGAGGCAUUUCCGCUUCGUCAUCCAUCUACGGCGCGCGGCAAAAGACCGUGCUCUCCCAGUCGAUGUCGCAAUCUCCCGACAGCCCCAGGCUGAGGCAGCGGUUUCAGGGAACGAGCCCGUCUCUCUCCGGUUCUCACGCGGCGAGCCUUUCCACGAGCCAGUGUGGGCGGUUCCCGCCCGGAAUCCCGCCCAUGUCGCCGAUGCCAUCGCCGACGCAGAUGGUUCGAGGCAUCCUCGGUCAAGGGGACAGCCCGCGUUGCCAUCCGCAGCAGCAUGCUACCCCCGAGCGGCAAGUGGCGUGCCGUCCCCAGGGCAAUGUAGCCGCGACGUCGUCCUCGCCCGGCGACGCCAUGCUCACGCCUACCUGCGGUCGACGCCGCGAACCGCUCAACGUGUCCGACCUCCGGCUCGGGGCCCUGCUGGCCAGUUCCGAGGUGUUCGUGGAAGUGGUCGAGGAGAUCCAGAACGGACCGUUCAGCAAGACUAGCAGCCAUCACCACCGCCUCUCGGGUUCCCACUUCUCCAUGCCGGACCUUUCCGUUGGCCACGCGGCGUACAGCAGCAGCAGUCAGCAUCACGUACUGCAGCAGCAGCAGCAGCAACAGCAGCAGCAGUCUUCCUCCUUCGGCGCGCAGGACGACGAUGGCGACGACGGCGGUGCGUGCUACGCUCCAGACUCCCCAGGCGCCGUGGCGGGCAGCGCGCCGACGUCGCACCCGACGACGCCCAAGGCGCUGUCGGUACACUUUGACCCGAGCCUGGGUCAUGCGGAGAGCGACACCGACGCCGCUUGUAGCAGUGGCCGCCGCGGAAGUUCGCGUUCGUCGCGGCGAUCCCGGCGGCACCGGCGUGACGACUCGAGCUCCAGCGAGGGCGGAUACGAGGACGAGCAAGAGGCGCGUCCACAGUCGUCGAGAAUCACGGUCCACUCGCAGCCCAAGUCGCAGCGGUCGCGGCGGGGCAAGGAUGGCGCCGCCAGGUCCCGCAGCGCGUCCGAGGGAGCGGUGUCGUCCCGGCGGGAGCGACCCCAGUGUAGCCGGAGGGCACCCGCGGAGCUGCCUCUCGAGUACGACGACGCGUGCAGCACGUGCUCCAGCUCGAGUUCGGACGACUUCCCUUACGAACUGCCCCAGCGGCGAGCCUACGGCGGCGUGCGGAUAUCGUACGUAAGCAGUGACGCCCUCGCGGUGGCCAAGCAGCGUACCAGGACUCGCUCUGCCGACAAGAAAAACGCCGCCGACAAGAACUGCAUCAUUUCAUGAGGCACGAGUGCGUGUGUGUGCAUGCGUCCGAGUGUCUUAGCGUGUGUUUGAAUUUCUUGCUUUCGUUCAUUCAAUGACGCGAGUCUAUUUCAUGGUCAGUGCAAAGCCAAGCUUGUUGAGCCAUGUGGUUUUAAAUAAUAUUUCAGAGCUGCAAAAUGAAAGAGCAUGCUACCCACUUUGCUCAUUGAAACAUUCCCAUACUGUAAUUGGAGGUUUUACAAUGGCACAGUGUGCAGUUUAGUGCAUAUUGCUAUAACAUUGCAUGGUCUUGAGAUUAUAAUUAUUUUAUAGAUGCUCUUGUGAUAAGGCUGAAGUGGCACUUUGCCCUCUGCACUCGAUGUCCCAAAAAUUAGUUAGGGCCUCAUGUUAAUUCCGAAGCUUUAAUUCAUGACUAAAUGAAUCAAAGCUUGUAAUUCACUGAUCACAAAGCACCGUGUUAAUACUGAACCUACUGGCUUCAUGGUGGCUUUGUGGUAGCCUCGUGCAUGCAUUUGUCUUCAUUGCAGUAUUAAAGACAUGAACAAUACACCAUGCAAUUAAAGAACAAAGUGCGGGUAUUCAGCCUAUGUCAUGUGUCAGCCUUGGUAUUGUUAUCGUGUUGUGUGUUGUGCAGAUGAAGAUUAUCUGUUUUGCUUUUGUCCCACGUGUCUACAUGUGCAGGGUACUUGUAUUGAAGAUUCCUGCUGACUUAUGCAGCUUCAGAAUGCAUGUGUAUGUUAGGUCAUUGUAAGUAAUCACACUUUUGAACAAAAUGUUGCACUGAUUGUGAAAUAUGCAGACCUGUACAGACGAGUUUUGAAGUGUGGCUGCAUGUUGUCUUCAUGCAUACCGCUGAGGUUAAGAGCAUUACAUUUUACUAUAUAUAUCAAUGGACAACGCAGAGAUUUAUGCAUUUGUAAAAUAGCCCGACGCAACGUAACAGUGUUGCCUUUAAUGGCGAGCUGCAGCCGUGAUCACCAAAUCCCAAUUUUCUGGUGGGACAGCACACAGGCCAAUAACUUGUGCUAACCAGAAGCAGCAGCCAUGUGGAGAUGCAAUGGGCUUUCACCUCGAACUAAACUGAUGCUACAUGGUCCAAGUUAGAGCUUGCUACACGAGUCCUUCUGGAAAUGUUUCAAAAGUGUGAUAUAAAAGGGCCCUGCAAUGCCCAUUUCUAGUAUCCCAGUUUGUGUCAGGACUGUGCACAAGUGCAACACUGAGUAUGAAAGUUACCUGUGGCACGUUUGCUUGACUGAGAAGGCAAAGUACGAUCACAGGUGAACCAGUGAAAAAGGAAUAAAAAGUGCAGCAUGGAUACAACUGGCCAAGUAUCGUGGUUAUCACAUCUGCAACACCAGCCAUGACAGACCAUGCUUGCAAAGAUGAAAGGAGGGGAAAAAGCGGCUUCAUCGGUGUAAGGAAUUGCAGAGCCCAGUUGGGACAGUGAAAACUGCUGUAAGGUUAGACUGCUUUGGCAAGCGCACCUUUGACAUUAACCGCGGCAUUUAUGAUAGGUCUAGAUGAUCAUGGGGAGCAUGUUUGGGCAACAGGACACAUCUCAAGUGCUCGAUAAGCUGUGUCACAGAUACACCUGCACUGCCUUAGGUAACCUUCUCUCUGUGUUGCUGAAUGUGAGGUAUUCACUCAACUUUCAUAGGCUAUGCUAAAUACUUUAAUUGUUACCACAUGCCUUACACGUCUCGGUGCCAGGCUACAAUGUCUGCGAGCCGGACAAUAGAUUUCGCUUUCUAUGAACAGGCCAUGAUAAAUUAGAUAUGGCUUAGUUGAGAUAUUAGAGAGAAGUUUGGCUUUUGUGAAAGUCCAUAGGUUGCCCUUCCGUGGGCCACUACUUGGCUAAGGCGGGUACUGAGAGACUGGCAGCAUCAGGUCCAACAAUACUAGCUGGAAAGGUCAUACUUAUUGCAAAGUGUUCUUGGAGAACUGGGUUGGUAUAAUGUCAUAACUCCUUUCAUUCAAUUCUUUUCUUGUCAUCCUUCACUCACAACCAGCUGAUCCCGGGGUAAUGUGGGUGCUGCUUAGACCAUCGACAAAGCGCAAAAGCAAUAGCAUUGGAAGAGAAUUGUUACAUUAGCCCAACCCUGACUACAGCAGCAAGAGAAUAAAGUAGACAUAGGUACUGAGCGUUAAAUUUAAUUUUUCUACCACAUAACUUGACAGUUUCCAGUUAACUUUCGUAGUAAACCUUGGCUCACCUUCGGCAAGGAAGGUGACGCAUCAGGGUUUUGAGCAUACGGAUAUUAGACCACACCCUACGUGACUGAUGAAGUGUAUUAUGGUGCAUGAUAUCAGUGUAGGAAAGCAUAAGUGGUAGAGUAUAGACGCAGUAACGUGAAAUCGCGCAUUUCUGCCUAAUGGACCACAGUCAUCGACAGUUGGAUGUCUGAAAACUAGACUGAUCGAAGGAAGCCUGCGUUGCCCCCCCCCCCCCCCCCGCCCCCAAAUAAAAAAAAAGAAGACAGUGUUUUUCAGAAGCUUAAUUGCUAUGAGAAUUUUACCAGAAUAUGUACUGCACGAGCAACACUCAAUGCAGUUUCAUGUUCUCUGGGUAAAAAAAUGGAAGAUAGGAAAAUUGCUUGAUCACCUGACGUGUCCUGUAAUAUCGCUUUAUGUGAGUACUGCGUCUAUUGCAACUUUAAAUCCGUACCUGACUCGAGACGUUACCUUUUAGUGUUCAUUUUCUCCCAACGAAUUAACAUUGCUGCUUCACAGGCACUCAGAUAAACCGAUUAUAUACUCAGACCAGAAGCUGUUAUGUAAAGGGUGAAGCCCUUGCAGGACAGGUCAGCAUAACCAGAAACAAAGUCAUUCAUGACUCAGUUCAAGUUAAGUACAGUUUGACUCGCAAUAAUUGAAACUUUUAAGAACUGCAGACUUUCGUUUGAUUUAAGUAAGCUGAAUAAAAUGGGGCUAACAAUUACGUGCUAGUGUGCAAACAGAUGUGCCCACCACAAAACAAUGCACAAGAGUGAGCAACUGGCCAUUUCCGGGUUUCAUCCACCGAAUAUCACAGCUGCAAACAUGCACUCGAGUUAGUGGCAUGUAUUCACAGCAUGCCUGUGACAUACACAGAAGCUUGAAUAUCAAACAUGGGCAUACUUCAACCAUUCACACCACCUGAAUAUCCCUUAAGCAGCACUUUUUGGCUUUACUGCUUCGCUUCGGUAAUCCAGAAACAUAGAAGUAACCAAAAAGUUUAAUUGAAUCAAGAAGUUUCGAAGAAUUCUGACAGCAUCGAGGGCCAACUUGAAAUCUUCAGAAAACUUUUUAUUUUUUAAUUGUUAUUAUUUUAUUUACAAUAUCUGCAGUGCCAUUAAGGCAUUACAGCAGAGGGGGAUAACAAAAUAUACAUGAUUAAACGUGAUAAAGAACAGCAUGAAUAAUCAUAAUAACCAAACAAUACAUGUCAAUGCAAUAGGUAUUGACAUGUAUUGACAGUUAACCGGAAUAUUUAAUGAACCGAACCCAGUUUGAAUUAUUGCGAGUCGAUUGUACACUGCCUACAGUGUUCUACUCCCUUUGUCUGCAAGGCAUGGCUGCAGACGCUGUGCAAUUUUUGUACUUUGCACCCCCUUCUCCUAGAAAAGGGGAAAGUUUUUUUUUUUUUUUCAGAAACAAGGAAAAGUUCUCAAAUCAUUAUGCAGCGAAUCACAUGCUUUCUGUGUCUCGUUAACUGCAAGUUGUGUGCUAACACAUCCGAGAUCAGGGAGCUCGCAUGUACCCAGUUUUAGUAUGGUGCAGGAGGAGUAACGGCCUCCUGCGAAACCACGACAUCAUUGCCAAAGCAAGUGUUUUGUUUUGUAUAGUGUACAUGAAGAGGACCCCUGUGUUGGGGGCCACGGACUCUCCGGCAUUUAGUUAUUUCGUGUCUACAAGCUCCGUGUCCGUGCGCCUCUGCAAGGACAGCAACCAAACUGGACAAGAGCUGUGCGUGUGUGUCAUCACUGAACCGUAGAGAUAUGGUUUUAUACAAAGUAAUAAAUCAAAUCACUUCUUUC